AUGGCUGAGACCGCUCCUGCUGCCGCGCCCGCCGCCGCGCCGGCCCCUGCUGCGAAAGCAGCCGCCAAGAAGCCGAAGAAGGCGGCGGGCGGCUCCAAAGCCCGCAAGCCCGCCGGCCCCAGCGUCACCGAGCUGAUCACCAAGGCCGUGUCCGCCUCCAAGGAACGCAAGGGGCUCUCCCUCGCCGCCCUGAAGAAGGCGCUGGACGCCGGCGGCUACGAUGUGGAGAAGAACAACAGCCGCAUCAAGCUGGGGCUCAAGAGCCUCGUCAGCAAGGGCACCUUGGUGCAGACCAAGGGCAUUGGUGCGUCUGGGUCUUUUCGCCUGAGUAAGAAGCCUGGAGAAGUGAAGGAAAAAGGCCCCAAGAAGCGGGCAGCUGCAGUCAAGCCGAAGAAGCCGGCGGCCAAGAAGCCCGCCAGCGCUGCUAAGAAGCCCAAGAAAGCAGUGGGAGCAAAGAAGAGCCCGAAAAAGGUCAAGAAGCCGGUGGCUAAGAAAGCUGCCAAGAGUCCUAAGAAGGCGACUAAGGUAGCCAAGCCUAAAAAAGCGGCUGUGGCCUCAAAGAGCCCUGCUAAGGCGAAGGCGGUGAAGGCCAAAGCAACUAAGCCUAAAGCAGCCAAGCCCAAAGCUGCCAAGGCGAAGAAGGCGGCGCCUAAGAAGAAGUAAACUCUUGUGGGAGAAAACUUUUCUUCUGCGCUUAAACCCCAACGGCUCUUUUAAGAGCCACCCACUUAUCUUUUAAAAGGACUGAAACACUG